CGCCGCAUUCAAGCGUUAUCUUGUCUUCUAAUGCACUUGUCGUUCUCAUGGCUCGAUAUUUUUAAUUUGCAGCGUGGUGUGGUUCGAAUUCUACGCUCUGCCUUGCCGCACGAUCGGUCGAAGCUGGUUGAACCACGUUCCAUAGGCGCUCAAUAGACGCUCAUAUCACCCGCAACUGUCCCGCAGCCAAUCGUCUGCGUUCAACGUUGAUCUGGUACUCAAAUGUUACCAUAGUCUUUGCCCUUUGAAUGCUGGCUCUUGUACACUUUCUCUACUCUGAGUGCUAAACUGCACCAGCUGCACGACAAUUGUACACGAACACCAAUCACAAGUCUCCAAGAUUCACCGAGUCACCCUGCCUCGAUCUCAUUCUUCGCCGUCCCCGCCUGCCUCCAAGCAGAGUCGGAAGACUCAAUUCGUUAUACGCCGGCGUCAGCCCUCACUAGCCCCGGGAACCCCAAAACCACAACAACAGGGAUGGAGCACUAGUUACCAAGCUGGGUCUUCAAGCUCUCAGUCUGACAGUAGCGACGAAACCUAUGACACCGAUGCAGGUUUGCAACAAGCUCGCGGCAGAACAGAGUCCCAGCAUGUGAUUGGCGACGCCACAAAGCGCAUUGUGCGGAUGAAUGGGACUACAUCCAAACAUUCGAAGAGCACUCAACGUCCAUCUUCCCCGUCAGGAGACUCGCGUCGGGCGAGUCCUACCAGGAUCCGAGACCGUAUACCCUUUACACGGUCACGGUCACCUAUGGUCAAGCACAGUUACGACGGAAACGGACACUCACUGCCUCUUAGACCUUCUUCGCCGUCCUUAUUCCCUCGAUCUCGGCAUUCACAACCCGUUCAACCACUGCGCCACAUCUUCCCUGCAACUGUCAGCUUCUCAUUUCGCUUACCAUUUUCCAGGACACCAUGGUCGGCUUCUAUGGACGUUAGGCAGGCUAUCGAAAACAUGUUGCUCGUUAGUUCUUUAGGUUUCAUCGCCGUCAAACUCCGCACAUGUUCUGAAACACCCUACUCUCCGGAUAUGUGGAUCUCGAUAGAAAUUUCCCUCCUCAUUAUAGCGUCUGUAAUCUAUUGCCUCUAUACUCGGGUAUCCUUCUCCAAGGCUACUGUUCCCCUGCCCGUUCCCCAAACCCCUUCCACGCGCCCUGACUCACCUCGUUCAUUCGAUACACGCGAAAAUAGACGCGGUUCUCAUUUAAUUUCAGCUGCACCCCCAAAGAUCGAGGAGACGGGUUUCGUGUGGAUGACAGUCCCAAAGAACUAUAGGGAUUCCGCUGAUGAUGGCAUCCUCACAGGACUAUUGGCAGGACCAUUUAUAGCAUGCGCGCUCCUCUAUCUAACCAUAAAAGCAAGCAAAUCGCUACCACCACCCCAAAUCCCGCUCCCAUCCAAUUGGCUUAUCGAACCUCCAACCGUGUUGCAGAAUGCGAUAGGGCCGCAUACUGCCCUCGAGGCACUGCUGCUUUCAAGACGGAACCUUGUCAAUCAGGCUACGUUCUGCUCGACGAUUCUGAUCGUCCAUGCGUGUGCGUCGUGGGUGACCGAAGCACGACAUCGACGGAAAACAACUAUCCCGGAUGGAGAAUUGCGCCACGUCCCAAGAAAAGAGAGUCGCAGGACCUAUCUCUACGCGCUUUUCUCGGUAUCGGUGACUUUGUGGAUUUUGUGCGUCAGAAUCUCAUUGGCGGAACUGAACUUAGGCAUAUGGCAGAAUAUGAACUAUUUCGAGGUUGUCGUCAGUUCUUUGAUGUUCCAAUUCUCACUGUAUGCCGCGGUACGCUUGGCUCACCGCGGAUUCACACUUGGCGAGCUAGGAUUGGUUUGCUUUGGGGCAACAGUUCUUUUCAUGGAAAGCGUCAACCUAACUAUCGCUCGUAUUUGGCCCGUAACGACGCCGUAUAUCAAAACUUAUCGUUUGCCAACACCAUUGCUGCUAUACCAGAUUGCGCUUAUACCCGGCUCUCUGCUCACUGGCUUUUUGCUCUCACCACUCCUGUAUCUCUCCCGUCACAUAUCACAACAACCAGUUCGUCGUCUUCGAUUUCCAAAAGAACGGCAGAAGCAUCGUCGAUUAUUAGCGCUUGGAUUCUACCUUGGAACUGUGCUGAUCGUGGGGGGACUUAUCGGACUUUGGACUCGAUGGUGUCUUGGUAAUCGUGAUCCUUGGCUUUGGGCUAUCUUCUGGCUCCUGGAAGGCAAGCGGAAAUGGACCCGACCGCUUCUAUUGGUCUAUUGGACCCUAUUGGUCAGUUUGAGCGUUGCAGGCUGGAACAGGCAGUUGGCAAGAUCUCGACGAUUUCGACAUAGGAGUGUGAUGUCUGUUGCUGGUGAUGCACCAACCACAUUUGACCGGUCACGGCUCCCCACCGCAAAUGGGAACUCCAGUCCUGGUCACCAGAGCGAUCCUAGUAGGCCGUCCACUCCUCUGGUAGAUGCAAGCGGACCGUUAGGUUUAGGUUUUCCGACAUUACCGAAUCUUCCCAAUAUUGGUAAUGGUACUGGUGUAUCUGGAGUCGCCACUGAUUGGCUGGAUGCUGCGGAUAGACAUGUGCCAACAUUGAGCGUGAACGCAAGGCGGAAGUUCUUCCACGCUUUGGCUGUGGUUAUGUUUCUUCCGGGUGUGAUUGUCGAUCCUGCAUUUGCACAUCUCUCUUUCAGUGCAGCCUUCGCCUUGUUCACAUUCGCCGAAUAUGUUCGGUACUUUGCGCUAUAUCCAUUCGGUGCCUCCGUGCAUGUGUUCAUGAACGAGUUCCUGGACUCCAAGGAUAGCGGCACUGCCAUCUUGAGUCACUUUUACCUCCUGACUGGGUGUGCUAACUCAGUUUGGUUCGAGGGCCCGUCACAGCUGUUGCAAUACACGGGUAUAUUGGUAUUAGGCGUCGGAGAUGCGUUAGCUUCCAUAGCAGGUAAGCGGCUAGGCCGACACCGUUGGACUCCAACGACUCCAAAGACGGUGGAGGGUAGUGUGACGUUCACCGUGUCCGUAGUCGCGGUUGCUUGGCUGUUGCGUGUUUGUGGUUUUACGGAAGACUUCUCCGUGAGUCGCUCCCGUACUCGUCACCGUCUGACGCUGAUAGGAGUACUGGACCUAUACAGCUCAUCCGGUAUACUGUGGUGGCCGGUCUCGCCUCCAUCCUUGAGGCGUUCUCGACACAAAACGACAAUCUGACACUUCCGCUGUAUAUGUGGAGUAUGCUAGCUGUAGUAGAUGUGUAAUGGUUUUACUAGUACAAGUUGUCUGUUAUGGGACAUUAGAGCAUUGGAAUACUGAAAUUGCCGUUUCAAGCAAGGCAACCUUGUCGCGGGGCUCCAAUAUUUGUAAUGUGGUUAGAGCUGACUUUGAAACUGAUUGUAGUCUGAACGUGAAAA